GGGAACACAGCCUCGCUGAAAGGAUUUAUGUUUUCUUUUAUGUUUGAUCUGCAUUUUCUUUUCAGAUCAUUCCGAAACAACAGAAGAAUGGCAAUGCGAGGAUCUCUCCUCACUUUAAUUUUGGCCAGUGCUCUAAGUUCUCCAACUGGAGGUGAUUGGGUUAGACUGGUCAGUGGUAGUACUCGCUGCUCUGGAAGAGUUGAGGUCUAUCAUGAUGACCGUUGGGGAACAGUGUGCGAUGAUUCUUGGGACAUUAAUGAUGCUGAUGUGGUGUGCAGACAGUUGGGAUGUGGAAAAGCUGUCAGUGCUCAUGAAAAGGCAUAUUUCGGCCAAGGGAGUGACCCGAUCUGGCUGGAUGAUGUUGGAUGUUCUGGGAGCGAGAGCAGCCUUGUACAAUGCAAACACAGUGGAUUAGGAUCACAUAACUGUGGCCAUCAGGAAGAUGCUGGUGUUGUUUGUUCAGGCAGCAUAACGAGAAUGGUCGGUGGGUCUGAUUCCUGCUGUGGAAGAGUGGAGAUUCUUCAUAGCAGUGAGUGGGGAACAGUGUGUGAUGAUGACUGGGACUUGAAUGACGCUGAUGUUGUGUGUAAACAAUUGAACUGUGGCAGAGCCAUCAGUGCCCCUCACAGCGCAGCAUUUGGCAAGGGGAGUGGACCGAUCUGGCUGGAUGAUGUUGGAUGUUCAGGAAACGAGAAUGUCCUCACACAGUGCUCACACGGAGGUCUGGGAACACAUAACUGUAAGCAUGGUGAAGAUGCUGGUGUUGUAUGUUCAGUAUACUUUGCAGGAGAUCUGCAGAUGCCCACCCUUUCCAUAAUCUCCCUGCAUUCAGAUGUGUCUCCUGGAGAAAAUAUUCAGUUCAGAUGCACGACACCUAAUCCAAGGUGUCAAGAAAAUGCGGAAUUUUGCUUGUUCAGAAACAAAUCGUCUACAACGUAUCCCCGAAGAGAUGUAUCUGGUGUGACAUUCAAUCUGACUGCAGACGUCUCACAUCAGGACCAGUACAGCUGUUAUUAUUCUUACAGCAAUAACACAAUCAGGUCUUCCAGGAGUAACACCAUUGAAAUCGUUGUAGUGAACCUGCAGCAGCCCGAAAUUUCUUUUCAGGAUCCUGAUGGAGGGUUUGUUUUGGGCCCUCAGGGGUCAGUGGUCACCAGAGGUCACAGCUUCACUAUUACAUGUUUCUCUGGAUCUCAGUAUCCUGGAGGCUUCUUCUACCUGUUCAAUGGACCAAAUAUCUCCAGAAGUCAAUCAGCCAUCAAUAACACUGCCUUCCUUAUCUUCCCUGGGGCGGAUUAUUCACAUCAGGGAAACUACAGUUGUGUUUAUGAAGUAAAUGUGUCCUCACGUACCUUCCGUUCAGCUCCUUCUGACCAACUGCUCAUCACUGUCAGAGCCUCCCUGCUUCCUGUCAUUGGUGGUAUGGUGUCAGCUGUACUUCUCUUUUUCUCAGCUCUCAUAAUCUUCUUUCUGGUGAAGAGAAGACAGAAGGAAAAUAAUAAGGAGACUCAUAUAAAGUGCUCUUUUAGGAAAGGUGCGAGUAAUACAUACGGAGAUGCAUCCUAUGGCAACAAAAAUGAGGACGAUGAGAAUGACUAUGAAAAUGUGCAGCUUGAUGAUAAGGACGAGUGUAAAAAUGCUAGCUGUAGUGAAUCUGAAGAGGACUACAUCAAUGUGGACACGGAUGAUUCUGAAGAGGAUUAUGUUCCUUAUAUUACAGAAAAUAGAAUUAUGCUGGAGGAUGAAUGUGAUGAUGACAUUUAUGAAAGUUUUUGCUCAUACAGAAACAACACAAGAAUGACAAUACAAAGAACUCUUCUCAAUUUGAUUUUGGCUAGUGCUCUAAGUUCUCCAACUGGAGGUGAUUGGGUUAGACUGGUCAGUGGUAGUACUCGCUGCUCUGGAAGAGUUGAGGUCUAUCAUGAUGACCGUUGGGGAACAGUGUGCGAUGAUUCUUGGGACAUUAAUGAUGCUGAUGUGGUGUGCAGACAGUUGGGAUGUGGAAAAGCUGUCAGUGCUCAUGAAAAGGCAUAUUUCGGCCAAGGGAGUGACCCGAUCUGGCUGGAUGAUGUUGGAUGUUCUGGGAGCGAGAGCAGCCUUGUACAAUGCAAACACAGUGGAUUAGGAUCACAUAACUGUGGCCAUCAGGAAGAUGCUGGUGUUGUUUGUUCAGGCAGCAUAACGAGAAUGGUCGGUGGGUCUGAUUCCUGCUGUGGAAGAGUGGAGAUUCUUCAUAGCAGUGAGUGGGGAACAGUGUGUGAUGAUGACUGGGACUUGAAUGACGCUGAUGUUGUGUGUAAACAAUUGAACUGUGGCAGAGCCAUCAGUGCCCCUCACAGCGCAGCAUUUGGCAAGGGGAGUGGACCGAUCUGGCUGGAUGAUGUUGGAUGUUCAGGAAACGAGAAUGUCCUCACACAGUGCUCACACGGAGGUCUGGGAACACAUAACUGUAAGCAUGGUGAAGAUGCUGGUGUUGUAUGUUCAGGAGAUCUGCAGAUGCCCACCCUUUCCAUAAUCUCCCUGCAUUCAGCUGUGUCUCCUGGAGAAAAUAUUCAGUUCAGAUGCACGACACCUAAUCCAAGGUGUCAAGAAAAUGCGGAAUUUUGCUUGUUCAGAAACAAAUCGUCCACAACGUAUCCCCGAAGAGAUGUAUCUGGUGUGACAUUCAAUCUGACUGCAGACGUCUCACAUCAGGACCAGUACAGCUGUUAUUAUUCUUACAGCAAUAACACAAUCAGGUCUUCCAGGAGUAACACCAUUGAAAUCGUUGUAGUGAACCUGCAGCAGCCCGAAAUUUCUUUUCAGGAUCCUGAUGGAGGGUUUGUUUUGGGCCCUCAGGGGUCAGUGGUCACCAGAGGUCACAGCUUCACUAUUACAUGUUUCUCUGGAUCUCAGUAUCCUGGAGGCUUCUUCUACCUGUUCAAUGGACCAAAUAUCUCCAGAAGUCAAUCAGCCAUCAAUAACACUGCCUUCCUUAUCUUCCCUGAGGCGGAUUAUUCACAUCAGGGAAACUACAGUUGUGUUUAUGAAGUAAAUGUGUCCUCACGUACCUUCCGUUCAGCUCCUUCUGACCAACUGCUCAUCACUGUCACAGCCUCCCUGUUUCCUGUCAUUGGUGGUAUGGUGUCAGCUGUACUUCUCUUUUUCUCAGCUCUCAUAAUCUUUCUGUUGAAGAGAAGACAAAAGCAAAAGAAUAGUGAAGCUCGUACAAAGUGCUCCUUUAGGAAAGGUGCGGCUAAUACAUAUGAAGGUUCAACCCGUGACACCAAAAAUGAAGAGGACGAUGAAAAUGAUAAUGAAAAUGUGCAGCUUGAUGAUAAGGCCGAGUGUAAGAACGUCAGCUGUGAUGACUCCGAAGAGGACUAUGUUAAUGUGGACACAGAUGAUUCUCAACAGGUUUAUGCUAAUGUGCAUAUUACAGAUAACAAAACUGUGGUAGAUAGCAAGUGUGAUGUUGACCUUUAUGAAAGUUUUGAGUGAGAUGACCCAGAUAGCUGAUUUAAUGUUAAAUCAAUAUUAGGAAAAGACAAUUCAACAUUAAAUCAAUGAUCUUUUAGUGACCAUUUGAGCCAUUUUUCCCAGACACGUCCUGGCCAGGAUAUCGGAUAUGUUCUCCGGAGGUCACAUUGUCCAUGCAUACUUCAUCGAGGUUUAUUAUUUCAGGUUUUAUUUUAGAAAAGCAACCGUUAUAUUUCAAGGUAAGAAUUAAACUACAAUGAUUAUACGUCUUAAGAGAAAUAAAGGUUUAUUUUAUGUUUUUUUUACUGAAAUGUGAGAACCUCGAUGACGUAUGCGGUCGACAAAUGUGACCUCCGGAGGACGCACCUGAGAUCCGUGUCCGUGGAAAAAUGGCACGUAUGGUCACUCUGUGAUCUUUGCUAUCUAAAGAAUUAUUUAGUGAAUGCAAUUUUCAUCACAGACUGCUACACAUGGUCAGACUAAAGUUGACCAGUGUUUGUUUGGUGUAUCCAGUGAUAUACUGUAUAUACCCAUCACUCUUGAGGUCUCUUGAGGUCGUAGUCUCUGGAGGUCCUAGUCUACACUGUAAGUGGUUAUAGGGGACAAGAAGCUUUGUUUCAUAUAGGUCAAACUUAUGACAUGUGAAAGUGACCUAUUUGUCAGAUAUGGUGAUCCAUACCUGAAAUGUGACCUCUGCAUUUAACCCAUCCAGUGUGUAGUGAACACACGCACUGCAAGCCAUGAACACACAUACAGUACACCUGGAGCAGUGGGCAGCUAUCACUGCAGCGCCCGGGGAGCAAGUGGGGGUAAGGUGCCUUGCUUAAGGGCACCUAAGUCAUUAUCUGUGGCACUGAGAAUCGAACUGGCGACCUUCUGGUCACAAGUCCGACUCUCUAACCACUAGAGUUUUAUUUAUCUGUUUUAUUAGUAAAAUUAUGCCAUCAGGAUUACCUUGGUUCUUUUAUAAAUAGGAGAGACUGCAGUCUUUUGAUUACUCAAGCAAAUGUUUAACAGGGUGGUUAUGUUUUAAAGUAAACUCCGGGCUACAAGAAAGCUGUUACUGUAAAUGUUGAAGCACUAUUAUUGCCCAUGUAAACAUUGCUUGACAUUUCCGUGUUAUAUUUGCCAUAAUUAUUAUAUAUUAAGCUUUAGAUCACUAAACUAUAAUAUAUUAGAAUGUUAAUUGGGUGAUUCAUUGAAAAAAAAUAUAUUGUUGUCAGUGUUAUGGCCUUCUGUUUCCUGUUUUGGCCACUAGUGGCCCUCGCUGUGUCACUGUGUUGCACUAGACUAGUUUAAGAGUUAUGACAUUUCACCUGUGCCUUAUUUCUUUGAGUGUAUUCAAGUUGUCAGUUUUGUUGCUCAUUUGCUUGGCGUUUGAAUGUUUAAAUUCCAAAGUCCUUGCCUUGUUGGAUUUGUGUGUUUGUAUUUAUGGAUUACCUUGUUUUUUUGGAAUGCAAGUUUUGAUUUGCCUUUGAAUUUCUAUGGAUUCUCUAUUUUGAAACUUUCUGCAUUUUCAGCAUUUUUUUGUAGUUAAUUUUUGGACUUUCCUUGUUAUUUAAGUGAAUUACCAUUGGCCUAGCUUUUUGGAUUUACCUUUUGGCUUUGGUGGAUUUUUCCUUUUUGUAAAUAAAACU